AUGGCUGAAGGCAUCCCUGCUUCAGACAGGAAUGAUGAUAUCAAGGAAGGUGUCCAGUAUGUGAACAGUAAUAGAGCUGAUCUCAUUCAGUGUGUUGUGGAGGUCAUGCCCAUCGCUGAUGAGCUGCUGCAGAGUAACAUGAUCCACAAGGAGACAUACAGUAAACUGAGGAGUGUUGGGACCAGUCAGGACAAGAUGAGAGAAUUGACUUGCAGUGUUUUCUGUUUAUAUUUUCUCCUUUUUCCUAUAGCUGAAACUACAAUAAGAUUCCAUGAUGAUAAUGGCUUUGUGGCUGAAAGCCAGAAAACAGCUCAAGAUGAUCUGAAAGACAGCCUCAGAAAGAAAUAUGAAUGCAUAUUUGAAGGAGUGGCUCUGCAUGGAAAUAAAAUCUACAUUAACAAUAUCUAUACGGAGCUGUACAUAACUGAGUGGAAAAAUGAAGGAGUCAAUACUGAACACGAGGUGCGGCAGAUUGAGACUAAAUCCAGGAGUCAAGCCACAGAAGAGACCAUAAUCUUUUGCAAUGACAUUUUUAGAUGCUUGACCGGUCAAAAUAAAUCAGUGAGAACUGUGCUGACAAAGGGCAUUGCUGGUAUUGGAAAGACAGUCUCUGUGCAGAAGUUUGUCCUUGACUGGGCAGAGGGAAGAGCAAAUCCUGACAUUCAGUUAAUGUUUGUACUUCCUUUUCGGGAGCUCAACUUGAUAAAAGACAAACAAUACAGUCUUCUUGGGCUAUUUCAUUAUUUCCAUCCGGAAAUUAAAGACAAAUUAUUGAGUGAGAAGGAUAUAAAGCAGAAAACAGUGAUAAUAUUUGAUGGUCUAGAUGAAAACCAAAUUCCACUGAAUUUUGAUAGUAUGAAUUCUUGCGAUGAAGCAGAACCAACAUCAGUGGAUGUGCUAAUAACCAAUUUAAUUAAAGGCAACCUGCUUCCCUCUGCUCUCCUGUGGAUAACCUCCCGGCCAGCAGCAGUCGGUCAGAUCCCCGGAGAGUAUAUUGACCAGAUGACGGAGAUACGAGGGUUUAAUGAUCCUCAGAAAGAGGAGUACUUCAGGAAGAGGUUCAGUGAUCAGGACCUGGCCAACAGGAUCAUCUCUCAUACGAAGACAUCGAGGAGUCUCUACAUUAUGUGUCAUAUUCCAAUCUUCUGCUGGAUUUCAGCCAUUGUUCUUGAGCAGAUAUUGGGAAAAGACAACAGAGGAGAAACUCCCACGACUCUCACACAAAUGUACACAUGCUUCCUUCUCAUUCAGACUGGCAUGAUGAUGAAAAAGUAUUCACUGCAAAGAGAGAAACAAAUGAUAAUGAAACUGGGCAAACUGGCUUUUAACCAACUGCAAAGGGGAAACCUAAUAUUUUAUGAAGAGGAUCUGAACACAUGUGGGAUUGAUGUCACAAAUGCUUCAGUGUACUCCGGGUUGUGCACGCAGAUUUUUAAGACAGAAGAUUUAAUGGUUCAGAGGAUCGUGUACAGCUUUGUGCAUUUGAGCAUCCAGGAGUUUCUUGCUGCUUUAUUUGUGUCUGAUACAUAUAGAGAGCACAAAAAGAAUCUGCUUGACCAAAGUCAUUUUAGAAGGUUUAAAUGGUUGUUCCAAAGGAAGAACUUAUACCAUUUGCAUAAGAGUGCAGUGGACAAGGUCUUGGAGAGUAAUAAUGGACACCUGGACCUCUUUCUCCGCUUCCUGCUUGGCAUCUCACUGGAGUCCAACCAGAGUCUGUUAAAAGGACUGCUGACACAGACAGAGGGAAACUCAGAGAGUAUUGAGAGCACAGUGAAGUACAUUAAGAAGAAGAUCAAGGACGAACCUCCUCCUGAACGAUCCAUGAACUUGUUCCACUGUCUGAAUGAGCUGAAUGACAACACUCUGGUGGAGGAAAUCCAAAGAUAUCUCAACUCAGGAGAUAUGUCAGCACAGCAGCUCUCACCUGGUCAAUGGUCAGCUCUUGUCUUUGUUUUACUGACAUCAAGAGAGGAGCACGAUGUGUUUGACCUGAAGAAGUACACCAGAUCAGAUGAAGGGCUGCUGAGACUGAUGCCUGUGGUCCAGUUCUCCAGAAGAGCUCUGCUGAAACAGUGUGGACUGACAGAGAGAUGCUGUGAAGCUCUGGCCUCAGUUCUCACCUCAAACUCCUGUUCACACCUGAGAGAGUUAGACCUGAGUGACAAUGACCUGCAGGAUUCAGGAGUGAAGAAACUCUCUGCUGGACUGGAGAACAAACACUGUAAACUGGAGACACUGAAACUGUCACUGUGUCGAGUCACAGAGGGAGGCUGUGCUUCUCUGGCUUCAGCUCUGCGUUCAAACCCCUGUUCACACCUGAGAGAACUGGAUCUGAGCUACAAUCACCCAGGAGACUCAGGAGUGAAGCUGCUCUGUGAUCUACUGGAGGAUCCACACUGUAAACUGGAGACACUGCAGCUGAACCAGUGCAGACUGACAGAGAGAUGCUGUGAAGCUCUGGCCUCAGUUCUCACCUCAAACUCCUGUUCACAACUGAGAGAGUUAGACCUGAGUGACAAUGACCUGCAGGAUUCAGGAGUAAAGAAACUCUCUGCUGGACUGGAGAACAAACACUGUAAACUGGACACACUGAAACUGUCACUGUGUCGAGUCACAGAGGGAGGCUGUGCUUCUCUGGCUUCAGCUCUGCGUUCAAACCCCUGUUCACACCUGAGAGAACUGGAUCUGAGCUACAAUCACCCAGGAGACUUAGGAGUGAAGCUGCUUUCCUAUCUACUGAAAGAUCCACACUGUAAACUGGAGACACUCCAGCUGAACCAGUGUGGACUGACAGAGAGAUGCUGUGAAGCUCUGGCCUCAGUUCUCACCUCAAAUUCCUGUUCACACCUGAGAGAGUUAGACCUGAGUGACAAUGGCCUGCAGGAUUCAGGAGUGAAGAUACUCUCUGCUGGACUGGGGAACAAACACUGUUAACUGGAGAUACUGAGACUGUCUGGCUGUUGUGUCACAGAGGGAGGCUGUGCUUCUCUGGCUUCAGCUCUGCAUUCAAACCCCAGUUCACACCUGAAAGAACUGGAUCUGAGCUACAAUCACCCAGGAGACUCAGGAGUAAAGCUGCUCUGUGAUCUACUGGAGGAUCCACACUGUCAACUGGAGAUACUGCAUGUGGACCAUGGUGGACAGUGCAGGAUCAGACCAGGACCAAGGAAAUACUACUACCAGCUCACACUGGACCCCAACACAGCAAACACACACCUGUAUCUGUCUGAGGACAACACGAAGGUGACAUGGAGUGAAGAGAAACAGAAACAUCCUCAUCAUCCAGACAGAUUUGACUGUUGGCCCCAAGUUCUGUGUGUAGAGUGUGCGUCUGGUCGCGGUUACUGGGAGGUUCAGUGGACUGGAAAUGGGGCUCAAAUAGGAGUGACUUAUAAAGGAAUUGGGAGGAAAAGAAACAUUAUUGACUUUGUGCUUGGAAACAAUGACAAGUCCUGGGUUCUGUCCUGUACUAAUAAGAGAUACACUGUCAGUCACAAUAAGACACACACUGAAAUACCUGUACCCCCCUCCUCCAGAGUAGGAGUGUAUGUGGACUGUGUGUCCGGCGCUCUGUCCUUCUACAGCGUUUCCUCUGGUGAACUGACCCUCCUGUACAAGUUCACCUCCACAUUCACUGAGCCCCUCUGUCCUGCAUUUUGGGUUGGUGUGGAUUCCUCAGUGUUCCUGUGUGAGAUGGAAUAG